CGCAGCAGGUGAGCCGACUGGUCGGGGGGUCGCGGCCAUGGCCGAGGCCAGGAAGAGGCGGGAGCUGCUUCCUCUGAUCUACCAGCACCUGCUGCAGGCGGGCUAUGUGCGCGCGGCGCGGGAAGUGAAGGAGCAGAGCGGCCAGAAAAGUUUCCUGGCUCAGCCUGUAACCCUUCUGGACAUCUAUACACACUGGCAACAAACCUCAGAACUUGGCCAGAAGCGAAAGGCAGAGGACGAUGCAGCACUGCAAGCUAAGAAGACCCGUGUGUCGGACCCCACUAGCAGCUCAGAGAGCUCGGAAGAGGAGGAGGAGGCAGAAGCUGAAAUCUCCAAAGCCACCCCAAGACUAGUGUCUACCAUCUCCUCUGUCACAGGGAUGGGUUUGCCAUCAGGCGUGAAAGAAAAAGACAAGGCAAAUACCGAGAAAGCCGGCAAGAUGGGGAACUCCAUGCCACAUGCUGCCUCCAAGGAGGUGGUGGCCCACCUCCUCUCUGGGAAGUCACUCAGAAAGUCAGCAGAGCCCUCGGCAAAUACCGUCUUGGUCUCAGAAACUGAGAAGGAGGGCGGGGUCCCAGCCCUUGGAGCUGCUGCCAAGCGUGGUGAGAAGCCCGUUCCUCUAGGAGCCAAGCCCCAGAGUUUAGGCUGUUGCAGCAGGCCAAAGCACUGCUUUGUCAGGCUCUGGGACAUUCUGCAAGUCAAAGGGAUAGCAUCAGCAGGCCAGGCCGACAGCUCCACCGAGGACACCUCCAGCUCAAGCGAUGAGACAGACUUGGAGGUGAAACCAUCAGUAAAACCAGCACAGGUGAAAGCCUUGCCAGCCUCUACCAAGGAGUUGCCAGCAAAAAAGGCAGCCCCGACCCCUGGGAAGGUGGGGAAUGUGACACCCCAGGUCAGAGGAAGUGCCCUGGCCCCAGCCGGGAAGGCCAAGAAGCCAGAAGAGGAGUCGGAGAGCAGCGAGGAGGAAUCUGAAAGUGAGGAGGAGGCCCCUGCAGGGACACCCAGCCAGGCCUCUGAGAAAAUUCUCCAGGUCAGAGUUGCUUCGGCCCCUGCCAAGGGGACCCCUGGGAAAGGAGCUACCCCAGCACCACCUGGGAAGACAGGACCCCUAGCCUCCCAGGCCAAGGCAGGGAGGCCAGAGGAGGACUCAGAGAGCAGCAGUGAGGAGUCUGACAGUGAGGAGGAGACGCCAACAGCUGUCCCGCCGCUUCAGGCAAAGCCCUCGAGGAAGACCCCCCAGGUCAGAGCUGCCUCAACCCCUGCCAAGGAGUCCCCCAGGAAAGGGGCUGCCCCAGCACCACCUGACAGGACAGGGCCUACAGCUGCCCAGGCUCAGGUGGGGAAGCAAGAGGAGGCCUCAGAGAGCAGCAGCGAGGACUCGGACAGCGAGGAGGAGACAUCAGUGGCCACGAACCUACCCGUGAGCCCAGCUCAGGUGAAGCCCUUGGGGAAAAAACCCCAGGUCAGACCUGCCUCUGCUGUGGGUGUGGGAUCCUCAGGGAAAGGUGCCAGCCUCAUGUCCCCCGGGAAGGCUGGGCCCGCAGCCCCCUUGACCCAGGCAGGCAAGCCGGAGGAGGGCUCAGAGAGCAGCAGUGAGGAGGACGAGGAGUCGGACAGCGAGGGCGAGGUACCCACAGCUGGGACCCCGGCCCAGGCAAAGCCCUCAGGGAAAAUCCUCCAGGUCAGACCUGCCUCAGGUCCUGCCAAGGUGCCGCUGAGAAAAGGGGCUACUGCAGUAUCCCCUCAGAAGGCAAGGCCUGUGGCCACCCAGGUCAAGGCUGAGAGGUCCAAGGAAGACUCAGAGAGCAGCAAGGAGUCAUCAGACAGUGAGGAGGAGGCGCCAGUAGCCAGGACUCCAGCUCAGGCAAAACCAGCUCUGAAAACUCCUCAGACCAAGGCCUCCCACAGGAAAGGUCCCCCCAUUAUCCCCACAUCUGCCAAGGUCACCCUAGUGCAAAUGGGCACACCAGCCCCCUGGAAAGUGGGCGCAGCGACUUCUCAGAGGCCACAGGAGGAUUCUUCAAGCAGCGAGGAGUCAGAGAGUGAGGAGGAGACCGCUCCUGUGGCAACAGCAGGACAGGUGAAGUCUCUGGGGAAAGGUCUCCAGGCAAAAGCUGCCUCGGUGUCCACCAAGGGGCCCUCGAGGCAAGAGACCACUCCAGUAGUCCCUGGGAAGACAGGGCCUGCAGUUAUCAAGGUCAAAACUGAAACACACGAAGACUCAGAGAGCAGUGAGGAGGAAUCAGAUGAUGAGGCGGCGGCCACGACUCCAGCACAGGUAAAGGCCUCCGUGGAAACCCCUCAGGCCAAAGCCAAACCAGCUUCCACCAGAGCGCCUUCCACCAAAGGGACAAUGUCAGCUCCUGGAAAAGUCACUGCAGCUGCUCAAGCCAAACAGGGGUCCCCAGCCAAGGUAAAACCACCAGUGAGAACCCCCCAGAACAGUGCCGUCUCGGUGAGGGGACAGGCGUCUGUGCCAGCUGUGGGGAAGGCAGUGGCCACAGCAGCUCAGGCCCAGACUGGGCCAGUGAGGGGCCCAGAGGAGGACUCGGAGAGCAGUGAGGCGGAGUCAGACAGUGAGGAGGAGGUGCCAGCUCAGGGGAAGCCCUCUGGGAAGACCCCCCAAGUCAGAGCCACCUCAACCUCUGCCAAGGAGUCCGCCAGGAAAGGGGCUGCCCCAGCGCCCCUUGGCAAGACAGGGCCUGCAGCUGCCCAGGCCCAGCUGGGGAAGCAGGAGGAGGACUUGGAGAGCAGCAGCGAGGACUCAGACAGUGAGAAGGAGAUGCCAGCAGCUGUGACACCGGCCCAGGUCUUGACCCCUCAGAAGGACAGUAACUCCAAAACUGCCAGAAGUAAGACCCUGGCCCCAGCACCUCCAGAGAAGAAUGCAGAGGGGUCCUCGGAGAGCAACGACGAGGAGCUGCCGUCGGGCCAGGUGAUUAAACCCCCUCUGAUUUUUGUCGACCCUAAUCGUAGUCCAGCUGGCCCAACUGCUACCCCCGCGCAAGCUCAGGCUGCAAGUGCCCCAAGGAAGGCCCGGGCCUUAGAGAGCACAGCCAGGAGCUCCUCCUCCGAGAGCGAGGAUGAGGACGUGAUCCCUGCUUCGCAAUUCUCAACUCCUGCCAUUACAACCAACAUGGUGACCAUGCCCACUGCUCCCUCAAAGACAGCCCCCAGAGCCAGCGGUUCUGGGGCCAACAGCAGCAAGGAGCCCAGUCGGGUACCAGAAGGCAAGAAACAGGAGGGACCAGUUGCUCAGGUGACAAAGAGGAACCCAGCUUCCCUCCCACUGACCCAGGCUGCCCUGAAGGUGCUUGCCCAGAAAGCCAGUGCGGCCCAGCCUCCUCCUGCCAGGACCCGGGGUUCAAGUGAGGUUGACAGUGCUGCAGGAACACUCCCUGUGACAAGUCCUCUGAGCACCCCUGUUCAGGCCAAAGUGACCAACAAGCUCAAAAAACCCCAGCUCCCUGGGGACCAGCAGGCCACAGCCACUCCCGCAGGACGCCCCAAAACCCAAGCCCCUGGGAGCUCGGAAGACAGCGAGGACAGCAGCAACAGCUCUUCAGGGAGUGAGGAUGAUGCUGAAGGGCCCCAGACGGCCAAGUUGGCCCACGGGCUGGUAGGUCCAGCCACCUCCGGGAGGGAAACCUUGGUGGAAGAGACCACAGCAGAGUCCAGUGAGGAUGAGAUGGUGGCACCUUCCCAGUCUCUCCUCUCAGGACUGACCCCAGCCAAACCCCAGGCUUCAAAAGCCACUACCAGGUCAGACUCCAACCCUUUGGUUUCCUCUACUCCUGCCACCAAAGAUGACCCAGAUGGCAAACAGGAGGCAGAGCCCCAACAAGCAGCAGGCACCAUGUCCCCUAAAACAGGUAGAAAAGAGGCCACCUCGGGCAGCACACCUCAGAAGCCCUGGAAGCCCAAGAAGGGGGCCGGGAGCCCCCAAGCCUCCACGCUGGCACUGGAGAACAGCAUCGCCCAGCGCCUCCUGGGCGAGCCCUGGCCCCUAAGUGAGGCCCAGGUGCAGGCGUCGGUGGCAAAGGUCCUGGCAGAGCUGCUAGAGCAGGAAAGGAAGAAGGCCACGGACGCCGCCAAGGACGGCAGCAGGAAGGGCAGCAAGCGUAAGCUGUCGGAGGACCAGACAGCUGCCAGGGCCCCCAAGAGCAAGAAGAAGAAGCAGCUGGCAGCCGGGGAAGGUGGGGUGGGUGCUGUUUGCCCAGAAAAGGCCUCCAGGACUUCCAAGGGAAAAUCAAAGAGAGAGAAAGCCAGUGGUGACGGCAAGAAGAAGGAGAAGGGGCCUCCUGGCUCCCGAGGGGCCAAGGACAAGCCAGAAGGGGAGCCAGGGACGGUGCCGGUUGAGGGUGGAGAGCAAAGCAACCCAAAGAGCAAGAAGGAGAAGAAGUCUGACAAGAAAAAAAAAGACAAGGAAAAAAAAGAAAAGAAGAAAGCAAAAAAGGCCUCAACCAAAGACCCCGACACACCAUUCCAGAAGAAAAAGAAGAAGAAGGUAGAGAGAGCUCCUGAGGGCUCUGAGGCCAGAAGAGAGCUGCAAGCCCCGUCCCUGGGGGGCAUGUCAACUCCUUCCCUCACACCCAGGCCUGGGCCCUGCCCCCUUCCAUUCUGAGUGUGGUGGGGGACCUUGUGAGCUGUGACACUAGGAAGAGCCUGGAGCAUGUGGAAGAUGUGGAAGCCAUAGAAGUGACCCUGUCUCAUCUGUGAGGCAGAAGGAUGUUUGGAGGGAGGGGGUGAAGGAAGGACCCCCAGGGACAGGGAGACCAGGCAGGCUAUUGCAGUUUCCAGGUGAGAGGAAACAUUUCCGGGGCAGUGUGAGCCCUGGCUGGCAGGGUGUCUCCAGCGAAGAGACAUUCUGCCCAUCUGUUGCAUGGGUGUUAAGAGCUGAUCCCCUGAACGGUGGGUUGUCCUUAUGACCCAGGACCUCAGCACACACAGAUGCAGUUCUCAGCGUGACCAGCAGGGCCUCGGGCAUGGUUAAGAAAGCUGAACAUCUGUUGCUGCAGGGCCCUGGGCUCCCUCCUGGGGGGCACACGAGGCAUUGCCCCUGCCCUCGGGGAUCCCUGCAGAUUUGUUCCAGGGGAGCCACCAGUGCUCAGGCUGUGGGGGCUGCAGUGGGUGGGGAGAAGCUUCAG